UUCACUUCACCGAUUGGCUGCCAGCCGAUGAGACUUGAGGACUCCUCCGGUGAUCACCGUCAUCCACCGGAACCAGCUGGGCCCACCUGGAGCGCGGUUCGGCCGGGCCGGGAGGAUUACUGGAGGAAACGUGAAGAGUCUGGUUCCUGUUGUGUCCAGGUGAGGCUGCGUGGCUCCUGCUGCGUGGCUCCUGCUGCAGCAGACGGAAGUGACCCGGGCUGUUUCUGUGUGAGGCAACAUGUGAACCGAGCGGAGAGUUUGAGAAACUUCUGACUCCGUCUGGACAUGAGCAACAUGAAGCUGCCUCUUCGUCGCCAAGGCCACCACAACGGCAGCGCCUUCCCGCUCUCCUCUUCCUCCUCCUCUUCGUCGUCUCCGGAGUCGCUGCGGAGUCCGAGCGGCCGGACCGAGAGCCUGCUGGCGGCGACCACGACGACCGCAGUGAUGCCCGCCCACCUGCAGGAGCUGGUGCUGUCCAGGUGGGCUCCUGAGGAGGAGGAGGAGGAGGAGGAGGAGGAAGAGGAGCAAGAGGAGGAAGAGGAAGGGCGGCUCCAGACCGACGCCUCCGCCUCGCUCUACCUGGACGCCAGCAGCGCCGGGUUCCACCUGGACGGUUACCAGGGCAACGGCAGCUGCUACGCCGCCGACUCGGACGCGACGGAGAUCCCAGCUGAUGAUGAGGAAGACGAGGAAGACGAGGCGCUGUUUGUGUCUGUGAGCUCAGACGUGUGUGUGACGCUGAGCCAGGCGAGUCCAGCUGGGCCCGGCGCCGGACCGGACCCGCAGGACGGGGGAUCGGACCCGUUGAGGGCAGCGGGACCGCCGCGGGGCGACCCGGACGGUCCCGCUGCCUCCCAGAACCUCAGCAGAACCUCUCAGACCUCCAGCAGUCCAGUCGGAGGCGCCGCUCCACCUCGGGUCGUCCACGUGACCCGAACCGGGCCGAGCGGCGCUGCCAGAACCUCCAGCCUGGAGACAAAGGGAACCCAGAACCCGUCUCCAUCCAGAACACCUGCUCAGCAGAACCGACCAGAACCCAGCAGGAGAGCCGAAGUGGCCGGCAGUAGAAAACCGACUCCAGGUCCGAUUAAAGUGGCCCGGCUCCUCCGGCCCAGCAGGGGGAAAGGUGCGGCUUCCCGGGCCGACCACCAGGGGGCGGCGGCCUCGCCGUCUGCACCACCAGAGAAGAAAGCAGCGGAGAGCCGAGCCGCGUCCAGCAGCUCUGUGGGUUCUGAUCCGGUCAGAGACGCUGCAACACAGACUGCUCAGGAGAAGCCAAGGACUCCCAGCAAGAGGGCCGCCUCCGGGCCGCCGGGACGCAGCGGCCGGCCCGACCGGGGGCCGGCGCCGCCACUGGGACCGGACGGCGCCGGGGGAGAGGCUGACGGACCCGCAGCCAGGAACCAGAACCAGGGUAUUCCCAAACCUCGAGCUCCAGGAGUCGCUCACAGUCCCACCGCCUCCAUUCCCAAACCAUCAUCCAAUCAGCAGUCAGCCCCCGGGUCUUCAUGGCGACCACCUGCUCCCGCCGCCUCCAAGCUUCCUGUGAAAGGUGUGGCGGCCGGCCAGAGCUCUUCGUCUGCGGGGAUCAGCGAGAUCAACGCGGCCAGCAGCAAAGCUGCCGGGUCGAAACCCGAUGAACCGCCCAGCAGAGGCAGCACCAGUGCUCCAGUGCUCCAGUGA